AUUUUGGUUUCUUUGGUAAAAAAAAAAUCAUUAGCUGCAUAAACUACAAAAAAGGGGUGUUCUAUCUCAGCAAGUGCCGAUACUUUAAAUAAUUAAGGCACACAAUUUAGAUUUAUCUUUGUACAGCAAAACAUUACUUUUCCUAGAAAUUUCAGUACUUUUACCUUAAAGGUAGGUUUUGAAAAAUCCCCAAGUAAUAUUUUUUGUCUACAUAUCCUUAUAUAGUAUUUCCCAAAUCAGACCUUAAAAACUAUAAAACCUGAAAUAAAAGUACAUAAAUGUUAAGGAAGUUGCUGCGUCAUUAAAUUAAAAUUAGAAUAAAACAUUGAAUCAAAGUGCAGGGACCGAUCACGCAAUGAUGCGUGAAUAGAAGAAAAUUGCUUUUUUCCCCUUGGAGAAAAGAUCAUGUUGGCAGGUAAAUCCCCCAUAGAUCGAGUACAUUUAAUUACCAUGGCACACCCUAUAGAAAAAUUAUAGCUAUAAACCUAUCUUAGCCUAAUUUCAAAAGCCAACUCUGCGAUAACAUUUUCCAACCUGCAGAUAUAAGUGUUGCUGACAGAUCUAAAUGUUUAAUAGCUUCCUUACCAGCAUACACAUCCCUUACUAAUGACAUAAUACAUGGCUUAUAAAACUGCUUACGGCUAUAUGAAGUAUAAUAAAGUAUUAUGAGAUGGUGUUGUGACAGCAAUUACUAGUGCUUAUGUCAAACAUCCGUACUUAUUCCACUAUCAUUACAACAUAUUGUAACAAAAUAUGCAUAAUGGUAAAUGCUCAUGACUACAUAUACAUGUUAUCUCUAAGUCUGGUUAAGUACAAAUGUGUUGAUACAAAUAGAUAUUUUUAUCCUACUUUAAAAAAAACUUUUAAAAUAGAAUUGAGAGAACAAUGCUGAUGGCUGGGUUACUGUGUUACUUCACAUAUCCCACCACCCACAGUCUUGGAGAUGGUUCUCAUCCUCUCCUCACCGCUAGCCUGGUGAGGACCCUGGAGAGGACCCCGGGGAGUAAGGACCAGAGUCAAGUCCCCUGACUGUGAAGGUGUGCAGCUUCUAUUAACACUUUGUCAAGGUCUAUAAAUGCAGAGAACAAGUGCUUUUUCCAAUUAACUUCCUGCAGUUUUUGAGGUGGGUCUGGCAAAAAUGCUUGUACCUGAGGAUAGAUGCAGUCGGAUUUAAUUCACAUGAACCAACAUCUUGGUGACCCCGCUGUCCUUGUUAACCUUUUAAUUAGCUUCCCCGUCAUUUCAUGAUGGAGCUCCCAGCUAAUGCAGCAGAUGCUUUCUUUGGCAGGAGUUCCCAGUUGGCAGAGGUAUUGAUUGAAAUUUUUACACACAUUACAACACGGCAAUAAACUGAAGGAAUCUAUGAAGUCAUAAACAACACUUUCAACUAAUUUUGCAGCCUUUUAACACCAUGUUCAAACAUGCAGCUUAAUAUGUAACUAAAACAUAAACUAAAUUAUUUGAGAUCCAAUCCAUGUGUUUCCUACUGGAAACAAUUCAAGCCAUAAAAGAGAGAUGAAAACAGAAUGGAAAAAAAAGGCUUCCCAUUUUGGUGUUAAUUUUCCUCCCUUUAAAAGGCACUUAAGGCUAAUAUGACGUUUUCCCCACCCACCCACACGGAUAUACCUAUAUAUUGAGGGCAAGUUGAGAGUAUUUUACUUGAUCUAUGUCUUAAACCAAUUGUUUAAUGGGUUUUAUCCUCCAGAUAUACUGACAAAAAGGCAGACGACCAUCGCUUUCACAAUGGAUUCAAACCAGCAGUUCUGAUUGGCUGAAAGUCUUAUGGCACAUUUGUGAGGCUGGAAAAGGGGGGUCAGUCUUCAUUGUGGCAACUUGCUAGGUAUGGCACUGAGGAGAGCCAAAUACUGCCAGGUUAGUGAGUUUUGCGGGUAAUAUUCAAGGAGAUCCGAUGAUCAUCAAAGAGAUUAGGAUAGUUUUGUGAUGUAUGACUAGCCAGCUGUCAGCGGCAAGUAGUUCUCCACUCAAACUGAACCAUUAGCAGUGAACCACACAUUGCGCAGAGUUUUUUGUACAUCACUGAAUCAGGAAAUCAGUCCAGAGCCAAUGUUUCUACACAUUUUCCUCAACGCAGGAGUGUUCAUUUUCCUUUCUUCAGUUAGAAAAAAGGAUCUCUUUUCAAAGUGACAAGUGGAUAUUAGUGGAUCUUGUCUUCAUUUGAUUUUCUUUUGAAUUUAAGAGAAUCUGGGAACUGGGACUUUUCUUGAAGCAUAUCUAAAGGUGUCAAGUGUCUACAAUGAGGACAGCAAGACAUUCUUAAAUAGAGAAAACAGUUCAACAUCACUGCUAUGUAAAGGAGAACUGUGAUUAUUUCAAAGCAAAAGUUAUGAAAAAAUAACUGAAGAUUCAGUAAAAACAAAACAAAAAUAUUCAAGAUGAAUAGUUCUUCAAACUGUACAUAUGACUUUGAAAAUGAUGAGGAGGAUUUUCUUGCCUUCCAGUAUGUGAUAGAAAUUGGAAUCAUAGGGCCAAUGUGUAUAUUUGGUCUCAUCGGCAAUGCCCUCUCCUUUGUCAUACUGUUCAGAGAAAACGGGAGCUCUCCCACUUUCUUCCUCCUAAGAACUGUUGCUGUAGCCGAUAGCCUGAUGCUGGUAACUUCACUGUUGAUGUACGUGGUACCGGGACUAAUGCACUACUUCAAAAUGGACAGCUACUCACAUUACAAGGCGUAUACCGCGGUGUCAAUUUGGCCAUUUGCUAUGAUGGCGCAGACGUCCACGAUAUGGAUGGUGCUGGUGGUCGCCAUUGAACGCUACAUUGCCAUCUGCUGGCCCACUAAGGCAAGGAUGCUGUGCACCAUUUCUCACGCACGGAAGGAGGUAAUCGGGGUGACUAUUUUCUCAGUGUUGUUCAAUAUUCCAAGAUUCUUUGAAAACUACAUCACAGAAGAUGGGUGCUCUAUGAAGAUGAGUUUUGACUUCACAGAGCUGUACAAUAACCCUAACUACCGAAUAUUCUAUACAGUGGUCCUCUACUCAUUGGUCAAUGCGGUCAUCCCUCUCAUUACGGUCAGUUUUAUCAACAUUAACCUAACAUGCUCACUGCGCCAGGCCAGCAAGGCAAGAAAGAACAUGGGAGUUCCGAUUAAAGUACUGGAGAAGAAAAGUGAGUCCUCCAUAACUUUGGUGUUGGUUUUGAUAGUUGUUGUAUUCAUUAUUUGCCAAGUCCCUGCCAUGAUAACUCAUAUAUGGGGUGAAAUUAUUUACCACCUGGCGGAACACUCUACUCUGAUGAACUAUAGAUAUUUUGCUGUGUUUAGCAAUGUUAUGGUCAUUCUGAACUCUUCUCUGAACUUUCUGAUAUACUGUGCUGUUGGGAAGCGGUUCAGAAAACUCCUAAAAGUCGAGUUCCGCAAGUUGUGUUGCAGGAAGUAUCAAUACGUGCCAUCGCAUUCAUUUUAUAUGGACAAGACAGAAUUGACGACAGUGUCAACAAAGAGACUCACGUGUUCUCACAGCAAGUCUUGUUCAUCCAGUGAAAUGGAGGAGCGCAAGGAAACACUGACGCAUGUUCUUUCAUAAAAGAUAAUUUGGUUACAAUUUCAUUACCCCUAUAGACAGUAUGGAUCAUGUUCAGCUUCUUUUAUCUUCCCUAAAAUGUUUCUUUAAAAUAACAUGGAUUUGCACUUUCAUUUGAUGAUUAGGCUUAAUUUGAAAUUAAGUCCUUAUUCAAGCAUUAAUCUAUUGAAGUUCACUUGCAUAAUUAUUUAGAUAUUGUUUAAGCAAUGGGCUACUCUGAUCUAGCUACAGAAGAUGAUUGUGAUUUUUAAAAAAAACCUACUUAUACGCCUGAAUUCUUCAUAUUUCUAUAGAAAUGGAAUGCAUCUGUAUCGCUGAUGGGGAUUUACUGCUAUUAAUCAAAUUGGUUUCAUUCUACAAGGCAAAUUUAACAAAAAUACCACACAGGAAUUGUCUUAAAAUAAUGGAAAUUGUCAAAAACACGGUAAAUCCCACCUAAUGACACUUAAGGGAUAAAUGGCAUAACUGCAACUGCUGAAUAAAUUCUUAAUGUUAUCGAUGAUUUAGCCUUAAAGAUAAUGAAUUCAAGAUGCAUGCAGGAUUUCAGAAUGCUAGCAACAGACAGAAUGUAUUGAUUGUACCAAUUUUACUGAAAAAUAAAAAGUUUUUGUAUUGCCAUGUGGUACAAAGCAGUGUUCUCCCGAAAAUUGUUAACACCAUCCAGACAUCAUGUCUGACAUGGAAUGGCUCUUUUUCAGACAAUUCUCAAUUCAUGUCAGACAUAUUUGUGGCAGCCAUUAAAUCGGUGAAUUCAUGAAACCAAAGGCUGAGUAAUUAUUACUAUUAUACCACUGGAAACGCAUACCAGGUCGUAAAAUUACUUCACCUGAUGUCUAGCAGAGAUCAUGAUUUCAAGUUUAAUAUAUAAUUUAUGAAACUGCCAUAGAGAAGACAACAUAAUAUAUUUCAGAACUUCUACCACACCAGCAGGGUCAUAAUGGGGAAUCUUACUUUUAAUCAUUCACAUAAAACUAUUGUUUUAUAGAAGAAAAAAAUGAAAUUAUUUUGUCUUGAGUCAUGAGGAUCCUCUGAACUGAUAAAUCAUUAUGGGGAAUCUCACUUUUAGGAACAUUCUGUUUUAUAGAAGAAAAAAAAAAAUGAAAUUAUUUUCUCUCGAUUCAUGAGGAUCCUCUGAACUGAUAAAUCACAAGAAAAAAUGUCUGUCACAGUAAAAACUGGCAGAAAUGUGAAGAGAAAUUCAUAAUUAUGUAAACUGUAGGGAUAAAUUGCUGUUAUUCAAGCCAUUUGGUCUUUCCAAUGAUUUUACUGCUCUAAGAGUUUAAUUUUUUACAUAGCUUGAAAUCAUAAAUGCAGCCUCCCAUCUCUCAAUAUGUACCACCUCCUCCUUGCAUGUGGCUUCUUUUUUGUCAUAACUGUGGUGAUGUUUCAAAUAUAUCUCUAAAAUGAUGGAUGCUUGUUGCUUUAUUGAUCAAUUGACAACAAGUUUACACAGUUCCACUGUUCAGAUACUGGAUAGGAAAAGCACUGCA